AUGCCUGGAUCCCUUCCUGCCUCUGCUGAAGCCUCCUGGCCCAAGGAUGUCGGUAUUGUUGCCUUGGAGAUUUACUUCCCAGCUCAGUACGUUGAUCAGGAGGAGCUGGAGAAGUUCGAUGGGGUCGGUGCUGGAAAAUACACCAUCGGUUUGGGCCAGUCCAAGAUGGGCUUCUGCUCAGACAGAGAAGAUAUCAACUCGCUGUGUCUCACUGUGGUCCAGAAGCUGAUGGAGAGGAACAACCUUUCAUACGACUGCAUCGGAAGAUUAGAAGUGGGAACAGAGACCAUUAUUGACAAGUCCAAGUCGGUAAAGACUGUCCUCAUGCAGCUGUUUGAAGAGUCGGGAAACACAGACGUUGAAGGCAUAGACACAACGAACGCAUGCUAUGGAGGCACUGCUGCUCUUUUCAAUGCGGUCAACUGGGUGGAGUCAAGUUCAUGGGAUGGACGCUAUGCCUUGGUGGUCGCUGGAGACAUUGCUGUGUAUGCCACGGGAAGUGCCAGGCCAACUGGAGGAGCCGGAGCUGUUGCCAUGCUUGUGGGUCCAAAUGCCACUCUCAUUUUAGAAAGAGGUUUACGUGGAACACACAUGCAGCAUGCCUAUGACUUCUACAAGCCUGACAUGGUGUCUGAGUAUCCUGUUGUGGAUGGGAAAUUAUCCAUCCAGUGCUACCUGAGUGCGCUGGACCGCUGCUAUUCAACCUACCGCAGGAAGAUCAGAGCACAGUGGCAGAAAGAAGGGAACGAUAAACCGUUCACCCUGGAAGAUUUUGGCUUCAUGGUAUUUCACUCUCCAUACUGCAAGCUGGUCCAGAAGUCUCUUGCACGCUUGUUGCUCAAUGAUUUCAUUAGUGAUUCCACCCCUGACACAGAGAGUGGCGUUUAUGCUGGAUUGGACUCCUUCCAGGAUGUAAAGCUGGAGGACACGUACUUUGACCGAGAUGUAGAAAAGGCUUUUCUGAAGGCCAGCUCUGAGAUGUUCAAUGAUAAGACACAGGCAUCACUGCUGGUGUCCCGGGAGAAUGGAAACAUGUACACCCCUUCUGUGUACGGCUGCCUGGCCUCUGUGCUUGCCCAAUAUUCUCCCCAGGAGCUGGCCGGACAAAGGAUCGGGGUCUUUUCAUAUGGCUCUGGCUUUGCUGCUACAUUGUACUCUAUAAGAGUUACUCAAGAUGCCACGCCUGGCUCCUCUCUGGACAGAAUGACAUCCAGCCUGUCUGAUUUGAAAGCAAGAUUGGACUCCAGGAGGAAUGUUUCCCCCAGCGUGUUUGCUGACAACAUGAAGCUAAGGGAAGAAACUCAUCAUUUAGCAAACUACAUACCUCAGGGCUCAGUGGAUGACCUUUUUGCUGGUACCUGGUACUUGGUGCGGGUGGAUGAGAAGCACAGGAGGUAUUAUGCACGUACCUCCUCACUGAAUGAUGGACCCCUGGAGGCAGCACUAGAAUCCGUCCAUUCAACCAAUGCUAGCGAGCACUUCCCGAGUCCUGCUAAGAAAGUACCAAGAAUCCCCACUGCAUCAGAAGCUGAGGCCAUCUCUGUAAGUAACGGAGAGCAUUGA